AUGCGCUUCAUCUCGCCGUCGUUCAACCAGCAGGCGCACGCCACGCCCUCGCCUGCGCAACCUCACCCCGCCGCCUGCGCCCCACCGCCUACCGCCGCCCUGCAGGGCUGGACAAAGUCCUUUGACCUCAACUCGAUCGCCCACGGCACCUCGCCCGCGUACACGCUGCACGCGCAGCACCCGUCGGGCACGCAGUACGCAGACUACAUCAACGAGAUCGCCGAGGCCGCCAAGCUCAACGUGCAGCUCCGCACCGAGGUGCUGUCGGUCGCGCCCAUCGACGGCGGCGGCUUCAACGUGCGCGUGCGCGCCGCGGGCGAGGAGGUGACCAAGCGGUCGCGGUACGUCGUCUGGGCGGCGGGCGAGUUCCAGUACCCGCGAGAGAGCCCCGACGCCUUUGCGGGCGCCGGGCUCUGCACGCACAACUCGCGCGUCCGCUCCUGGAAGGAGAUGCCCGGCGACGAGUACGUGCUCAUCGGCGGGUACGAGAGCGGAGUGGACGCGGCCGUCAACCUCGCAAAGGCGGGCAAGCAGGCGACCGUCCUCGCCUCGACCGGCACGUGGGACGCGCCCUACACCGCGGAGCGGCUGCGCGAGGUGACCGCAACGGGCUUCUCGCCCCGCCCGAAGCUGAUGGCGCCCCUCCGCGUGGUGAGCGUGGAGAGGGCGUCCGAGGGCGGCUUCAACGUGGCGGCCGAGUGGCAGGCCGCCCCGCCCCCUCCCCCGAUGUCUCGCUCGAUGCGCAAGCCGUUCACGAGCCCGGUGCACAGCACGCUCGGCCGGGAGGACGUGGUGCUGCACACGGCGCAGCCGCCCGUGCUGUGCACCGGCUUCGAGGGGUCCGUCGCCUCGGCCGCCCGCCACCUCUUCAAGUUCGCGGGCGAGGCGGCGCCGGACGAGGCCGACCCGUCCUCCGCCUCCCCUCCGGCCAAGGCCCCGCUCGAGCAGAGUCCGCUUCCGGACUUGCUCGAGCAGCUCGCGCGCGAUGCGGACGACGUGGCCAAACAGUCGGCGGAGAAGCACGCCGCGCGCGAGCGGGCGACGGGGUGCGCGGCCGGCGCGCCCCUGCUGACCAGCGAGGACGAGUCGACGAAGGUGCCCGGCGUCUUCCUCGUCGGCCCUUCGGUGCGGCACGGGAAGCUCUCCUUUUGCUUCAUCUACAAGUUCAGGCAGCGCUUCGGGAUCGUCGCCAACGCCAUCUGCCGCGGCCUCGGCCGCGACACUAAGUCGGCGGUCGAGGCGUGCCGCAAGAUGGACAUGUUCCUCGACGAUCUCUCGUGCUGCGAGGGCACGUGCGGCGAAACGUGCUGA